UAAAGCAAGAUGGCGUCUGACGGUGAAGACGUUAUUGCAGUGUUCUUAAUCUGUGCGUCCAUGUACACAUAUAUGUCCUUUAUUACACUCUAUUCAUUAAUAACUGUUUGUAUAUUAGUCUGAGCGCACUUUGAUGCUUCUCCAGCUAGCUUAGCUUGCUAGUUAGCUUAGCUUGUUAGCUGCUAACAAAGAGAGGCGGAAGUGAUGAAAACACAUCGCUAAGCAGAGAUAAAGUGUGAGUGUAAAGUGUUGUGAUUGUGUGAAAAUGUGCGAAAGAACCAUAGCAGAGUACGAGGAGGAACUUUGUCCAACGAAAGAGGAGAAGGAGCGACAACAUCAAGUUGUGUUACACACAACAGAUUUGUUUACUUCUUACUCUCACAUCUUUACUAACUUUAUAUUUAUUAUUAACACUAUUCCUUAAUAGAUUGUCUAUAGGAAGAUGAAUUGGAUGAUGCACUGAUUGUUUUAUGUUGUUCAUAAAAACCAGACAAUAUUUAUGAGAGGUUGAUGUUCCUCUCAGUUUGUAACAAUGUGUAUCAACAUGUUUACACAAAAACUCACACAGUCACCGGGGGAAUAUUCCAGAGAGCAGGUUAAGUGCAAACUCCUGAGUAUGUAAAGCUCGAGAGUUUGACCUCCACAAGUAAGAGAGACAUCCAUCAGCUGAUUGGACACCAAGAAGAAUGUCUCCCUCAUCUGCAGGGGGACAGUUUCACUUCAGCGGAUCCACAGCUCUCACAUUUUAAAGGGGACAAGGAGUAUCCACAGCCCCCCUAUUUUAAAGAGGAAGAGGAGGGAGAGUGUCCUGUAGGGCAGGAGGAGGAUGAUGUCAUGACUGUUGUCUCUGUGAAGACUGAAGAGCAUGAAGACAAAGCACCUGAGUCCUCACAGCUUCAUCACAGUCCAAACGUCCAGCAGCCCCCCCACAUUAAAGAGGAAGAGGAGGAUCCACAGCCCACCCACAUUAAAGAGGAAGAGGAUGAUCCACAGUCCACCCACAUUAAAGAGGAAGAGGAGGAUCCACACAUGAAAGAGGAAGAGGAGGAUGAUGUCAGCAAGUUUCCACUGACUGUUGUCUCUGUGAAGACUGAAGAGCAUGAAGACAAAGCACCUGAGUCCUCACAGCUUCAUCACAGUCCAAACGUCCAGCGGGUGUCAGCGGGGAGUCAUGAAGAGGAGUGGCACACCAGUGUGGGACAGAAGGAGCUACAGGCCCCCUCCCACAUUAAAGAGGAGCAGCUUCAUGAUGAAGAUGAAGCUCAGUCCUUACAGCUUCAUCACAGUCAAAGUGAGGAGAACAGAGGGGCGGAGCUUGUAAGUCAACACAUCACAGAAGCUGAUGGAGAGCAUUGUGAAGAUAUAAAGUCAGAACCAGACAGCAUCUUUGCUCCACUGUCAGACACGGACCACAUGAUGUCACACUCUUCUGAUCACAGUGACCACAUCCAAAAACCUUUGGAGAGUAAACAUGACUCUAAAGGUGAUACGAGACAUCACACUAACAACAAACACUUUGACUGCUCUCAAUGUGGGAAAUCAUUUAGACACAAGAGUCAUUUUACAGUACACAUGAGAACACAUACUGGAGAGAAACCUUUUAAUUGCUCUGUUUGUAAGAAGAGUUUCUCCAGAAAGGAAUACAUGACCACACACAUGAGAACACACACUGGAGAGAAACCUUUUACUUGCUCUGUUUGUAAGAAGAAUUUCUUCCAAAAGUGUAACAUGAUCAGACACAUGAGAACACACACAGGAGAGAAACAUUUUCCUUGCUCAGCUUGCGCUAAAAUAUUCAACAAUAAGAAUUACAUGAUAUUACACAUGAGAACACACACAGGUGAGACACCUUUUCCUUGCUCUGUUUGUAAGAAGAGUUUCUCCAGAAAGGAAAACAUGGACAGACACAUGAGAACACACACUGGAGAGAAACAUUUUGCUUGCUCUGUUUGUAAGAAGAGUUUCUUCAGCAAGCAACACAUGACCACACACAUGAGAACACACACUGGUGAGAAACCUUUUACUUGCUCUGUUUGUAAGAAGAGUUUCUCUAGGAAGCAACAAAUGACCAUACACAUGAGAACACACACUGGAGAGAAACCUUUUACUUGCUCAGCUUGUGCUAAAAGAUUCAACACUAAGGGGGAAAUUACAUUGCACAUGAGAACACACACAGGUGAGAAACCUUUUACUUGUUCUGUUUGUAAGAAGAGUUUCUCCAGCAAGCAAAUCAUGACCAGACACAUGAGAACACACGCUGGAGAGAAACCUUUUUUUUGCUCAGCUUGUGCUAAAAGAUUCAACACUAAGAAGGAAAUGAUAUUGCACAUGAGAACACACACUGGUGAAAAACCUUUUACUUGCUCUGUUUGUAAGAAUAAUUUCUCCAGCAAGCAAAUCAUGACCAGACACAUGAGAACACACACUGGAGAGAAACCUUUUUUCUUGCUCAGCUUGUGCUAAAAGAUUCAACACUAAGAAGGAAAUUAUAUUGCACAUGAGAACACACACAGGUGAGAAAACUUUUACUUGCUCUGUUUGUAAGAAGAGUUUCUCCAGAAAGGAACACAUGACCACACACAUGAGAACACACACUGGAGAGAAACCUUUUUCCUUGCUCAGUAUGUGCUAAAAGAUUCAACACUAAAAUGGAAAUUAUAUUGCACAUGAGAACACACACAGGUGAGAAACCUUUUACUUGCUCUGUUUGUAAGAAGAGUUUCUCCAGCAAGGAAAACAUGACCAGACACAUGAGAACACACACUGGAGAAAACCCGUUUUUUUUGCACUGUGUGUGAUAAGAUGUUCAGGUUUACGAAUCAGGUCAGUAAACACAAGUGUGUAACAGUCAUGAAAGCUGCAGGGAUUUAAAAACACUUAAACAGUCCAUCCAUCCAUUUUCUACCACUUAUUCCCGUCGGGGUCGCGGGGGGCGCUGGAGCCUAUCUCAGCUACAAUCGGGGGGAAGGCGGGGUACACCCUGGACAAGUCGCUACCUCAUCGCAGGGCCAACACAGAUAGACAGACAACAUCCACACUCACAUUCACACACUAGGGACCAUUUAGUGUUGCCAAUCAACCUAUCCCCAGGUGCAUGUCUUUGGAGGUGGGAGGAAGCCGGAGUACCCGGAGGGAACCCACGCAGUCACGGGGAGAACAUGCAAACUCCACACAGAAAGAUCCAGAGCCCGGGAUUGAACCCAGGACUACUCAGGACCUUCGUAUUGUGAGGCAGACGCACUAACCCCUCUGCCAGCCUGCUGCCCACUUAAACAGUGAUUGGGCUAAAUGUAGUUUAAAGGCCUACUAAAACCCACUACUAGCGACCACGCAGUCUGAUAGUUUAUAUAUCAAUGAUGAAAUCUUAACAUUGCAACACAUGCCAAUAUGGCCGGGUUAACUUAUAAAGUGCCAUUUUAAAUUUCCCGCCACACUUCCGGCUGAAAACGUUUCGAUAUGAUGACGUAUGCGCGUGACGUCAACAGUGGAAGCGGAAGUAUUGGUACCCCAUUGAAUCCAAUACAAAAAGCUCUGUUUUCAUCUCAUAAUUCCACAGUAUUCUGGACAUCUGUGUUGGUGAAUCUUUUGCAAUUUGUUUAAUGAACAAUGGAGGCUGCAAAGAAGAAAGUUGUAGGUGGGAUCGGUGUAUUAGCGGCUGGCUGUAGCAACACAACAAGGAGGACUUACUUGGAUAGCAGACGCGCUAGCCGACGCUAGCCGCAGACCGCACGGAUGAUCAGGUGAAGUCCUUCGUCCUUCCGUCGAUCGCUGGAACGCAGGUGAGCACGGGUGUUGAUGAGCAGAUGAGGGCUGGCUGGCGUAGGUGAAUAGCUAAUGUUUUUAGCAUAGCUCUGUGAGGUCCCGUUGCUAAGUUAGCUUCAAAGGCGUCGUUAGCAACAGCAUUGUUAAUCUUCGCCAAGAUGGAAAGCAUUAACCGUGUAGUUACAUGUCCAGAGUUUGGUAGUAUUGUUGAUCUUCUGGCUAUCCUUCCAGUCAGGGACUUAUUUUGUUGAAACAGUUUUGUUUCUGUAUGCAGUAAAGCCCGAUGCUAUCACGUUAGCUCAGUAGCUAAAGUGCGUCACAGAUGUAUUGUCGUGGAGAUAAAAGUCACUGUGAAUGUCCAUUUCGCGUUCUCGACUCUCAUUUUCAAGAGGAUAUAGUAUCCGAGGUGGUUUGAAAUACAACUCCGUGAUCCACAAUAGAAAAAGGAGAGAGUGUGGAAUCCAAUGAGCCAGCUUGUACCUAAGUUACGGUCAGAGCGAAAAAAGAUACGUUCUGCACUGCGCGCUAGUCCUUCACUUUUACGUUCCUCAUCCACAAAUCUUUCAUCCUCGUUCAAAUUAAUGGGGUAAUCGUCACUUUCUCAGUCCGAAUCUCUCUCGCUGCUGGUGUAAACAAUAGGAAAAUAUGAGCAGUCCUUCCCCCGGUGUCGUCACGCUACUUCCGGUAGGGGCAAGGCUUUUUUUUAUCAGAGACCAAAAGUUGCGAACUUUAUCGUCGAUGUUCUCUACUAAAUCCUUUCAGCAAAAAUAUGGCAAUAUCGCGAAAUGAUCAAGUAUGACACAUAGAAUGGAUCUGCUAUCCCCGUUUAAAUAAAAAAAAAAUCAUUUCAGUAGGCCUUUAAAAACACAGCAUGUAUAAUAUGAAUGUAUAUUUGAUGUUGUAUGUAGUGCUUUUCAUCUUCUAGUCUUAUAUGUUGUCCUGUAGUUACUGUUUAAGUUGUGUGCAUGUAUUGAAUAUUAAAUGUGUAGCUACUAUUUCAGUCUAUUUUCUCAUCUUCAAAGAGAGGACAUCUUAUUUUCAUUAGUUUUUUUCUA